AUGAAGCAGUCAAUGCUGGCCAGGCGAGCCCGCGUUCUUAGCAACGACAUCAGCCUCAACCUUCAGCACUUUGCUCAAAUAGCAUCCGGCCUCGUUCAGGAAGAUCUUACCGCUCCGCGAUGGCUCAAGCAAGAGGGUUACACUUCACCAGAGACCAUCGUCUGGCAUCUGGUCGAUCGCAAAGCCCCCUUUAUCGAUAAUAUACUCGACUGCCCCCUCGACGAAGUUAAUGCGCUUGCAGCGAAAGAUCUCAACACGGCUUCUUCACCAUUGACGCCGGGCGUUGAGGCAUACAUCAUUACUCUUCACAAGGAUGAUGUUGACGAGGACGAAGACGAAGUCAGACUGUCCUGCGGCUCUGCAACUAACGCAGCCUCUGGCAUCAUCGCGCGUUUUCAGCAGUACGACUCUCGUGGAUGCACUCAAGUCUGUAUUCAAGAGGCAGAGGCAGACGGGUUUGAGGUUGUCAAUAAGGUCCUAGUGGCCUGGUCUCCAAUGCCUGAGGGGAGCAAUCCUAGUCACUGGUAA